GAUGAACGAGACAUACAAAUGUCGUUUCAUCUGUCACAUGCUGAUUCUCCUUUACGCAACAUGUUGUGAAAUUCUUUUCCUCCCAUCUUAGCGCAUUUAAAGGGCAUUACGCAUCGAAAAAAAAACGAUGUCAUAUAGCGCCACCGCGUCUUUAAACGUCCACACAUCGUCGUUUAUUAAUUGUGUUGGUGAUUGUAUUGAACGGAUUGCUUUUGACGGGAACGUUUGACGGGUUGGUGAAGAUGUAUGGACCAUAAAUGUGGACAAGAGGAAUGACAAGGUGUCCGGCUUUAAAAUCUAAACAUGUACGUGAAAAUGUGUAUUUUUUUUAUGAGUGAUCUCUCAUAUUGACACGUCCGGUGAGUGUUAGUGAGGUGAGCGAGAGCGGGCUGGCGCGCACGCGCGCGUAUCCAUCGCCUGUAGUCUAUAGAUCUGUGUUACUGCGCCAGGAUGGAGAUGACGCAAAUGACCCAGCUCCCCAAAAAGUGUUUCAAGACGAACAUGGCGGCAACUUAACACAGGACCCAAGAUGAUGAUGAUGGUAAUGAUGAACAUCAGAGAAUAUCGAAGGCAAUCCUCCCAGAUAGGGAAAGAGCAGCUCGUUCAGCGUCUUUCCUUCCCUUGAGGAGAUACGGGGACACAGACAGGAGCUUCGGGAACAGAGGAGGCAUGUUGUCACGCAGAAAGCGCUUUUUCUCCGGGGAGCCAUGCGGAAUAACGGAGAUAUGACCGCGCGCGGCUUUAUCUAGCCCAGAGAGUCGGAUACAGCUGCCACGAGCGCUGUUUAACGGGAGGAAAACAUUACAAAUCAAUGCAUUUUGUGGCAGAGGAGCCGUCGCGGUGGAGUCGGCCAGUGCUGCUCUUUCCUGAAAUAUGACCAGGGGUGCUUGGACGUGUCGGCAGCAAGAUGACGGCUUAAAAAUCUGCUUCGCACCCCGAGAGGACGAAAAGCCAUUAUUCACCGAUUCGGAAAGGGCCCAGAGAUGGCGACUGUCCUUAGCCUCUCUUUUGUUUAUCACCGUUUUGCUCUCUGAUCAUCUGUGGUUCUGUGCCGAGGCGAAACUGACGAGGACGCGAGACAAACGGCACGAGCACACGAACCAUAUACUUUCAUCCAGCCAUCAGAGAGAGCAGAGUCUUAUUUUUAUAGGCAAUUCUACCAAACCUCCGUGGAGACUUGAAACUUGUCACCCUGACAGCCUCUCCAAAAACUGCUUGACUUUCGCCGAGCCGGAAACCGUGUGCUCGGGCCUCUCCGAGUGGAACCUGAGCGAUUUCUAUCUUUCCUUUUGUAACUCCUACUCGCUUUUGGAUUUGUUUUACGGGUUUUCGAGUCCGGACAAUUUGACCUGUAGCCUGGACAUGGCUGAUGCGUCGGGAUGCAGCCAGUGCGUUCAGGCUUACCAACGCUUCGACCGACGAGCUCAGGAGAAAUACCAAGAGUUUGAGCUUUUGGUUCAGAAAUAUGAAACGGAUGUAUAUUCGGUGCGGACAUGCAUGGAAGAGUGCACGACUGUCUACAAACACUGGCUCUGUGCCCAGUUCUUCCACACCACACAGAUGCACUGCAGCAACAAGAUCCCCUGCAGGAGGUACUGCCUGGAGGUCCAGCAGAGGUGUCCCUUCAUAUUGCCUGACAAUGAUGAGCUCAUCUACGGUGGAAGCCCCAGUUUUAUAUGCACAGGGCUCCAAGAGGACAACCCCUCAGACGCAGAGACAGAGUGCUGCGAUGUCCGAUGGGACAGCAGGGCGGACAACAGCUCCAAAGGCACUCUCAAAAGAACUCACCCGUCGUGUCAGCACGGGACAUCCCUGACCUCGUCAGCGGCCUCUAGACUGUGCAACAGCAGACUCAAACUCUGCCUGCUGGUCCUCGUCCUCCUUCAUACUGUUGCCACUCUCACAGCGUCCCACAAUCCCACUGGGUUCAACCUCACCUCCAGCUCCUCCAACGAGGAAUGACGGAAUAGCCACUCGGUAACGCAGUUACAGUGCCGAUUCCAGUGACGUGACGGACCGUGGGUGACUUGCUGGUACAGAAACUGUGGACGUGCAAUCAAAGCAAACUGACCAAGCUAAACGAACACUGGACAAAUCCAAUCAAGCAACAAGAACAAGGGACAACACCGUAGCCUUUGUUGAAAGAGGCUUCUAGGGGUCGGAGUUCUCUCGCACCACUUUUUUUUUUUUUACACUGUGUCUAUGGUUUGGAUUUCUGUUGCACUAGAUGACUACAGGAUCUAAUUCAUGUUUCUUUUCUUUUCAUUUGGGUCUUUGUGCAGAAAGGAUUGGCAGAGACGUAUGAGUUAAAUGUACAGUAUCCAAUUGAAUAUUCCAAGACUGAGUGCGUGUCCAUGUGAGCGAAUGGAUGAGUGCGUGUGCAUGUGUGCCUGUGCUUGCAUCCGUGUGUCCCACUAAGAUGUUCUUCUCGUUUCUAUUCGUAAUCACAAACUCUCUGAAUGCUGCUCUAUUCAUUACGAGGGUUUUCUGUCAAAGUUUAUUCAUUGACAAAUCGGACUAGACAAAUACCAAGACACCCAACAAAAAAAGCCCAGGUUCAAACUCAGAUUCUCCCAUUAAGAUCUUGUAACCUUAUUAAGGUAGCCUGAUGUUUUUGUUGCUUGUAUGAUGUAAUUUCCUGCAAGGUCAGGUCAGUAGCUUUGGGGGUCUGGGAACGUUAAUGUCGCUCAGUUAUUUGCUUGAGUGCUUGACUGAAAAGGUCCAUGUUGGGAUGUUACAUGGUAUCCAGACCUCUCCCCCACCCGCCCAAUCUGCCAAAAGAUAUCUGCCAAUUUUAAUGUUAUAUAUUAUAUUAAGAUGUUAUAUUCUCUACCCUAUAUUCUCUAAUUGCAUGUUAGAACAAGAGUUUAGACUACGCUGCUAAAGUUUUAAAGAAAUAAAUCCAAACAAUCUGAAAAAGAGGAGCUCUCACUCCAGGUACCGUCCAAAUUAUUUGGCAGCAUGAAACCAGCCAAUCAGGGCUUACGAGGCAAAUUACCCCAAUCACACAGAGAGGAUCCAUCAUUCCUUAUUACAGUAAAGGGCUUAACCACCAUCAACACACAUUCAAACACUCCUGCAUGUAGAGACUCACGUGGCAUGAAUAACUCAGUGAAAACAAUGUUAAUUUUUUACUAAGAUAGUCACGUCAGCGGGAAGUUGGGGAGCUCAGUCGUGUGGCUCCAGAUAGAAGAACGAAGGCCCGUCUCAGGUGGCAGGGCUCAAGGUAUCUGCUUCUUUGUGAGAAAGAGAGGCAAAGUUAAGGGCUGAUAUAUUAUUUGAUGUUUUUUUUGUUCUACAGGUAUGCUCAAAUGAGGAUGUGUCACUGUGACACGCAAAACAAAGCCUUGAGUUUAACUAAGUUCUUGAAAGCCUCAGUGUGAACCUGUUAAAAUGACAGGCGUCACACCUGUGUUUCCAUCUCAUAAAUGUUAGAUUCAUAUACAUUUCAUAGAUCAGUCACAGCUAGCUUUAAAGCUAACAAUGCUAACUAAAAAAGAAAAACAGUGUUUUGUAGCCAUAUUUGUGUAAAGCAGGCCAACAUAAUGCAUGCCAUAGGAAUAAAAUGGAGUACAUACAUUCCAUGUCUAAUUUUAUUCCCUGCCUUUAGCCUAAAAAUAAGACAAUAUUUGUAGAUUGUCUGCAUUAGGGACGCGGUCGCAUUUUCCUUCGUAUCUCGAGAUUCUGUCGGCGAAAUGCAGCAAAUGUUUCUCGCACGUGAAUUUUCGCAACGGAUUCAGAUUUGUUAACAUUUUGAACACUCAAAUAUGUCAUAUUAAACCAAUAUUAAGCUGCUUAGUUUGGAAGUGACCUCUGAGUAAGUGGUGCUUCAUGCAUCACUACACUAUUAGACCUUUUUGUCUGCGAAUUUUUGCUAGAUGUGACAGCAUCUUUCAGCUACUUUUGGAAUCCAGUGAUGGUAAUAUGCAUUAACAUCAAAUGCUAUAAAAACUAAACUUCAAAUAUCAACUCUGGGGCAAAUUUAACCACCUUAAUUUUAAGAGAAGAAAUCAAUCCUUUUGCCCUUUUGUGGUUUAAGCUACCAUUAGCGGUGACCUUUUAAGGUGUCAGAAGCACAAAGUGAUUUUUGUUGUUGUCUGAAACGGACUGCUAAUGCAGCUCAGUUUAGCUGAUAAAAAGGCAUUUGACCUGAUCGGUCAAAAACACAGAGAGAAGCUAAUUUCUUUCCAUUGUUUUUCAAUUUUAAUAUUUUUCAACAAUGUACUCGGAGCGCUAAUUGUUGGCUGUUCAGGGUUUUUGAAUUUGGGCUUGUUGAAUUUUAUCAAAACUUAUUUGAUAUCAAUAAUGACUUUUAAUAUCCUCACCAUUGCAGCUUUGAUUCAUUGCUUUUAGGUCCAUCUCUCCUAUCUAAUGUUCUAAUGUUCUCAUUAAUACAUAAUUAUAUUUCAAAUAAAACCAAUAUGUGACCAGAAACGCAAUAGCCAGUGCUAUGUGUACAAUGCUAUACCUGUGCUUUAGUUAAAAUAGCAUGACCAAGGAAGUUUGACCAUAUGACAAGACACAAGGGCAGUCUGGCAAGCCGUGCUGAGGACUUUGCUGAUGAAUAAUUAGAGGAAAGCACAGAGAGAUACAGAAUACCCUCCUGAGAGCUUAUUAGUUGGUUUAUAACCUUCUAUAUUCAGCUCAGAUCACCUGCUCCGGAACAGCAGACGGAUCAGAAAUUGUUCUCUUUUCAUUUUCAAACAAAACUAAAUCACCUUCUCCAAAUGGGCCUGACGGUAUAGGAAAGACGGAUAGGAGAUGGGAUAGAGAGAGAUGGGCUAAUGAUGAACGGCUUAGCACUAUUAUUAUUUUGCUAAGAAUUUCUGGAUGUUUGUUACAGCAAGAAGACAAGCGGACACACACACACACAUUAACACGAUUAUACAUGCUUUUUCACCCAAAAAUCCUUUAUGUGUGUGUGUGUGUGUGUGUGUGUGUAUAUAUAUAUAUAUACACACUUGGUGAUGCUCUGCAAUUCGAGUUGUGUCAUUUUUAACACAUAAAUUGGACUAAUGCAACAAGUGUGAAUCAGGCACCUUGUUAGACAAAAACUCCUUUCGAACGACAUGCACCAUUCGCAACAAAGCGUCUACUAAAACAUCUUCCUAAAAGGGGAGUGGCGUUGUGGCUGCUCAGAUUUUUUCAUGUUUGUAACAUGUUUCUCUGUGUUUGUUGGGAUUCAAUCACCAUUUAGUAUGUCUCAGCGACUAACGAGAUUGAAUGUAACAGAUGCCUGCUAAAAUCGCUAAACACCACCAAACCUACUAUAAGAUGUAUUUUAUGCUUGCACAUGUGUUAUGGUCAUUUCCAAGUACUGAUCCAGCUGUGUAAGUAGUAUUCCACAUUGCGUAAUCACUUAGCAAGCAGAAGUACUUUCUUUUCUAUUUCUGAAUCCUGUGGACCUAUGCAGCCCUCAACCUCAGUUGUUUUUUCUGUUGUAAAUACGUUUUGAGAAUGCUAAACAAUGUGUGUCUCCGUUUGAUUUGGAGGUUUCCUUGUGUUCUGAGUUGGUGUCCUUUUUUAACUCCUCUUUUGUAAGUGUCAGAGAUCAUUGGGUGGUUUUUGCUGAGAUCGAUACUGAGAGCUGAGUGGUUUCAUCACAAGAACUGUUCUCUUGGUCACAACAUCGGCACCUGCAGGCUGUGAUGGUAUGUGCAAAGCAAUGACUUUAUGAAAAAAAGACAAAGGUUUAAAGGCAUAUAGAGAUAACAUUAUGACUACUGGAAAAAAAAAAUAAUAAUAUUAUAUAUUACCGGUAUAUUGUAAUAUUAUAGAUGAUUUAGUUCAGUAACCUAUUUAAUUUUUUUACAAGCAACUUUGAUGAAAUAAUUUAUAAAACAAUCUCACAUGUUAUGAUCUUUUCGAAGGUAUGAUUAUACUGCUAAAAUGAUUAAAGUUGUGUUCUGAUGAAAUAACAAA